UUGGAAAAUAAUUGGCAACAAUUAUUGUAUUACUCAUUCGGUAAUCGUCGUGUCUGCAUUUGCUUUGGGGUACAGCGGACAGCGCCCCAUCAGUCGCCCAGGAUACACACAUCCAUUGGCCCACGCGUCGCCAACGAUCUGAGUCACAACACAAAGGAGCAGCAGGCACAUUGGGUGCAGCAGCAGCAACAACAGACGAGUCGAGACGAGACAAUGACUUCAAAGAAGACAAAGCCAAUCCCUAAAUAUAGGAAGCCGGGAAAUUUGGAAUUUGUGCGCGAGGAUGACUACGUGGAGUACUUUAUAUUCCCGAAGCUGCCCGAUAAUCUCACGGAUGAGUUCCAAGUGAAGGAGAAAUUGUUGCGCAUCAAAACGGAGAUCAUGGAGAUUGUCAGAGAGCUGGUCGUUCAGCGGAGCUACAUUUGGCACAAGGAUGAGUUUCAGCUGCAAGUGCGUACUGGCAGUACCUUGGAACGCCUUCUAAAUGAUGAAACCAAUGUGGCGGAAGACGACGAAGAUGGGGAUCUGCCACCUCAUUUGCACGGGGUAACCCACUACGGCGACAACAUUGGCGACGAAUGGUUUAUUGUGUACCUUCUGUUGGAAAUAUCGCAGGCACGCGGUGAAUACAUUGCUCGGGUCUGCGAUUCCGAUGGGGAAUUCGUGCUAAUCGAGGCGGCCGAUGUCCUGCCCGACUGGGCCUCUCCCGACACCUGCGAACAGCGUGCCUACAUAGUCAACGGUGCCCUCCAGCUGCUGCAGAACUCGGCAUCCACCAACCCUGACAAGCCCAUGCCCGUGCCCAUCGCCUUGCAGCGUAUUCGUCUCAAUCCCAACCUGUAUCGCUGCUCCACCGAUGUCCAGAACGUACUUAAGACCCGUCUCAAGGAGUUCCUGAUUGCCAUGCCCCACUACUCCAUCCAUCGCCAGAUCGUGGAGGUGCCGCACAGUGCAGCGCAGCUGCUGAAAACACGCCCCCAGCUAGUGGCAUCAGCUGUGAGGGCGUUCUGCGAUCGCGACACCGAGGACAUCAAGGCGUUGAGAACCAUGAAGUUUUUCCCACCGGAGGCAUCUCGUGUCCGCACAAAUGUCCGAUUCACCCGCUGUCUGUACGCCAUGGUGAUGCACAACCAGUACACGCCGGAAAGGCGACUCGGCUGGAAGAUCGCCGACGAAGUGAGCCAACCAGAGCUCCACAAGGAACAGAUUCUGGGCGUUAAGUUGGCGUGCGGCCUGGAAAUCCUAGCCACCCAAGCCCAGCGCGCAGGAGAUUGUGCCCUGGAGGAUCAGCCUGCCUGGCGGGCGUAUCUGAGGAGUCUCGAGGGCAAAGGCUACUUCCGGGACAACAUCGAGGGCAGUGCGGAGCACACGCGCCUGCUUGGCAAGGCCCAGGAGUACUUCAAGGGAAAUCAGGAUCGGUUCCGCACCGCCAAGCGCGUGGGAGCCGAGGUUCUGGCGCUGAUGCUGCACCCGUCCGAUACGGCCUCAGUGGCCCUGCGCGAUGAACAAAACAAUCUACUGCCAAGCGAUAAGGAUGAUUGGCUCAGUAUUACCGCCCACGAUCUGGAUGCUCUGCUCCAGGAUCGCUACGGACCGAACAAACUCUACAAGCCAAAUGGCGAUAUGGACGCCGAAGAAUUCACGAAGCAGCUGAGCGACUUCCUGGAUCAGCAGUCGAACUUUGAGGGCAUUGAACACGCCGGUUGCGAAGCCCCCGACUUGGACUCCGAUGAUGACGAGCCGGCGCUGCGGCAACCAAAAGCAUCCACGUCUCAAGGAUCGCAGCUCAGAAAGAAUCAAUCCAUGCGCAAGGCCUGUAACCGCAACUCUUUAAUCCAAUCGGAGGAGGCGGAUAGCACACACGUGAGGAACUUCCUGGACUUUGUUAUCCCAGAGGACAACUGGGACUCCAACUCCGAGAUGAGUGACUACGCGGAUGACGACGAUAUCGAGCGCAACUUCGAUGCUUUGUCCAGCUCAAGCACCGGCUUCCCGCUGGAUCGCAGCAUCCAGGCGUACAUGAAGAAAAUGGAUCGGGAAUUGUCGCAGACCACCAUUGGCAAGUCCUUCCAGGGCAAGAAAGCCGCCACCCAGGCAGAUGAGGAUGAUUUCGAUGACAUUGAAGACUUUGAGCCCAUCAAUAUAAAUGUUAACACGCUGAAGAACAUGAUGGACAGCUACAAAUCGCAGGCGGGUGGCGCAGGCCCGGUCUCCAAUCUGCUCAGUGCGAUGGGUGUGGGCAUGUCGGCGGCAGCGGCAGCGGCAGCAGCACCCGAAGACGAUGCCAAUGAUCUAUCAGAGUCAGCCGUGUGAAAGGGUAGUAGGAUGGAAGCAUACAGGUAUCUUUUAUCAUUAUGUCGUUAAGCGAAAUGAAUUAAAAAUAUGUAUAUUAUAUGUAUGUGUAUAAUUGAUCAAACAUCAAA